GUAGUUGCAACCGACGAAGAUUCGCCUCCCAACGGAGAUAUCGUUUAUUCGCUGUACUACUCACAGUCGGAAUCCCGAAAACCGUUCAUCAUUAAUCCAGAAACCGGCGAACUGAAACCAUCACCAUUUGUACGCUUCGACCGAGAACAACGAGCACAGGAAGAAGUCACUGUGAAGGUGAGCAUUCCAAUUUGUUUUCAAAAUGGCUAUGAUAUUAAUGUUAAUGAUGAUAAUACUGAUGUUAAUGAUAAUGAUGUUGACAACUGCAGUAGUAGCAGAAGUAAAGCAGUUAGAGGCUGA